CCCCUCUUUCUUUCACAUCCUAUCUACCCUGCGAUACCUCCUCGACAUAGACCCUUCGUGCCGUCUUAUAUAGCUUGAAAUAUGGUCCAACCAUGUGCGAUUUGCUUGUCUCCAUAUAAUGACCCUGUUUCUACGCCCUGCGGGCAUGUUUUUUGCAUGGAAUGCAUAUCUAAUCAUGUCGUUGCGUCCUCCGAUGGAUUCAAGGCCCCCUGUCCUAGUUGUAGGACGAGAUUUCAUAUUUCAGCCCCUGAGCUUCGGUAUCUUCCCCAUCAAUACCAUCAAUUCAUGCUUCCCAGCAUACGCCGCGUCUUCCUUGACAGCACUCCAGAUCCGGAGGUUGAGAGAUUGAAGGAAGAGUUGAAGAGAGCAAGAGAUUGUAUUUCGAGCCAGAAAAGGCGCCUUAAAGAGCAAUCGAAGGAGCACUCCCUAGCCAUGUCGCGGCUCACGAAGCAGCUAGAAGCCGAGAGGAAGCAAACUGAGGGAUUGAAAAACGCGUUUGCUGAAAUGGAGUACCACAGAGAUAAAUAUCACGAGUUUCGGAGAGUUUUCCGUGCAGCAGGAUCAUCCCUAUCUUUGUCGACGGCUUCGACUCCGGAAAGGUGCUGUCAAUUUAAUCGUAUUAAUUAACAUUUGGAUUCUUAGAGGCAACCCAGCAGAAAUUCCUCUACGUCUUGCAGUGCUCAUGAUCUACCUGGGCAUGGCGAUCCUGGUGAACGCCGGAGCCCUUCGACGGUGUACCAUCGGCGUACAGCACCAACUGAACUGACAUUGACAUGGGACGCUAUCCUUAAGGCCAGCAAGACUUUGGAGCAACGCCGGGCACUUCCCGUGUCGCAUUCGCAUACCAAAUAAAUGGCGUUCCGUGUAUGUUUUCUAUUCCCACUAGUAUACGUUGUAAUUCAAGGUAGUGCAUAAGAAUUUGAUCUUCUUUACGAAAA